CUUUGAGAUUUUGAUCGUGAUUUUAUAUAAAAAAGAAUCAGCUAAAAUGGAUUAUCUAUCAGCAAAUUUAAACAUAAAUGAAACAGCUGAAGAAUUUUUAUCCUAUCUUGGAAAUUCUUCAUCAACAGAUAUAUUUGGUAAUUUAAGUGAUGCACACAACAAUGAAUCUUUCGCAUCAACUACUGCCCUAACACCACAUACGAUAUUCCGAAAUGGAUAUCCGAGCGGAUACACUAUUACUUCCAUCAUAUUUGCAUCAGUCAUUGUCACAAUCUUAAUGAUAGUUAUAGUCGUUGGUAAUAUGCUAGUAAUUAUUGCAAUCGCUACUGAAAAGGCAUUAAAAAAUAUCCAGAACUGGUUUAUUGCAUCGCUGGCCGUUGCAGAUUUUUUCCUUGGCCUUGUAAUAAUGCCAUUUUCGCUAGCAAAUGAAUUAAUGGGCUAUUGGGUCUUCGGUUCUUGGUGGUGCGACAUUCAUUCAGCUGCCGAUGUGCUGUUGUGCACAGCAUCAAUAAUGAAUUUAUGUCUAAUAUCGCUCGAUCGAUACUGGAGUAUUACACAAGCUGUAGAGUAUUUAAAGACGCGAACGCCAGCACGUGCUGCUGUGAUGAUAGCCGCUGUUUGGAUAAUGAGUGGACUGAUUUGUAUACCGCCAUUACUCGGCUGGAAAGCAAAACGUCCUGAAGGUGAUUUGCCACAAUGCCAGCUAUCUGAAGAUAUUGGUUAUGUACUGUAUAGUGCACUUGGUUCAUUCUACAUACCAUCAUGCAUAAUGGUUUUUGUUUACAUUCGAAUUUACUAUGCUGCAAAGGCUCGUGCAAGAAGAGGUAUACGAAAACAACCAAGAAAACUGCCAAAUGAACAGGAAACAAAGUUUUCAAAUCCACGGACUAAUAUUCCAAUGCCCCCUGGUCCAAGUGCUUCAAAAGAAUGUUCGAUGCAUCCAUCUCAAAUAGCAACAAUAGAACAACCGCCAAAUAAUGGUUCAACAACGUGCAAUAAUAAUGGUUUACCAGAUCAACAAGUGCCUGGCACAUCAGCAAAUAUAUCAAUACCUAUGGUAACCUGUGAUUUUGCUUCCGAUGUUUCGACAAGUGAAGCUGGUGCUGAAAAUGAAAAUGAUAUAUAUAAGGAUAGAUUGCAAGUAGAUUCAGUGGCUUCACCACAGGAUGGUAAGUCACGUUUAGCACUGUCAAUAAAUGAUACAUCAAAUUAUGAUAGUUCAGCAAAUGUUAAUUCAACAAUGUUUAUAGAAAAAUCAUACGCAAGUGAUAUUAAAAAAUCAUCGCCUAAUAUUGGGCGGUGCCGUGCCCUUUCAGUAAACAUUGAUACUGAUGCAGUUAGUGAAUUUGAACCAUCAAGUAGUGAUUCCGGUGUAGCUAGUCGAUGUGCGGUAGUUAAACCAUUAAAAUUUCGAUUAUGUCAACCAAUUUUUGGUAAACGGUUUACAAAAUCGACAAAUAAAGAGCAAAAUCUCAAUCAUCACCACCACCACCAUCAUCAUCAUCAGCAUAAUAAAAAAGUGAAAAAUCAAAAUAAAAACCAAAAGUCAGUGUCAACUGGCAUGCCAUCAAACUGCGAAAUAGAGCCGGCAAUCCCCAAAGUUAAACAGCGUGAUCCAGAGAAAGAGAAAAGACGGAUAGCACGAAAAAAAGAGAAACGAGCAACUUUGAUUUUGGGACUUAUAAUGGGAAGUUUUAUAGCAUGCUGGCUUCCAUUUUUCUUCCUGUAUAUUCUUACACCUGCCUGCCCUACAUGCGAAAUUCCGUCAUGGGCGUUUGCACUAGCUUUCUGGCUUGGGUAUAUGAAUAGCGCAUUAAAUCCUGCCAUUUAUACAAUCUUCAAUAAAGAUUUUCGUCGAGCUUUCCGUCGCAUAUUGUUUAAGUGAUGUUUAUCUUAUAUAUGCUGUUAUAGAUGCGUCUCGCGUUCUAUUGAAAAAGCAACAGAAAAAGCUAUGAUGGGUGCAAGAUCACCAAUGUAUGGCCGCUAUUUAAGGCAGCAUUAUUAAAUAAUUUAUAAGUAAAUAAAUUUUUUCCAAUUUACAAUGAAUUUAAAUAAAAAUUUAAAUUUAAAUUUAUUUUUAAUUAAAUUAAUUGAAUAGUAACAUAUUAGCCAAAAUGUUAAGUUUUUAAAAUUUAAAAUACAUUUCUUAGUAAUUUAUAACUUUUUAAAAACAAUGCAUUUUAGUUUUUGUUUUAAUGAUUAAUUUAUUUCUUUGAAUUGUUGAUAGUGAAAUUAAAUACAAUAAAGAGAGUAUAUUUUUCUGAAACCAAUUAAUAUAAGUAUUAAAAAAAAUACAGGGAAUCUUACAAGUAAAGUUCAUCUUGCAAAAUUCAAAGAAAAACCUGAGAGGAAGAUCCAUCAUUGGUAUAUGACGAUAACAAAAUGAAGAAGUAAUUAUUAAAAUUAUUAUAGAAACAAAAUAAUAGUAUUAAUAUAAUUGUAAAAUAAAUUGUAACAUUGAGCAAAUGUGUUCAAUAUUUAUGCAUACACAUAUUGUUAAAUAAUUUAUUUAUAAGCAAAAAGAGAAAAAGUAUUGUUGAAAUGAAAGAUGAAAAAAGUUUAACAAUUACAACCGGUAUGUUGAUUUUUUUUUCGCUCUUUUCAAUUUUCUACCCUCAUUGCGUGUAUAUGUGUGUAAAUAACAACAAAACCUCAUAAAAAGUUUUUUCUUUAGUAUUCAACAUAUUUUCAAUAUUUUUCACCAUCUUUUCCUCGUGAUUUACUUUUAUGAAUGUCGGUAAAAUGUUUUUUCACAUAACUGGAUUAUAACGUAAAUGUUCAAAUACAUAAGAAUUUGAUAAAAUAGAUUCAUAAUUAAUAAAUAAAAAAUCAUAACACCAAAAAAACAUAUAAGAUAAAAUUUAAAAAAUUACGACUAAGCGAAGUAGGAACAAUUUUCAAUCAUUAAAAGAAUGAUUAAUAACAUUAACAAUAAAAAAAAAAGUUUUCAAUAGAUAAGUUUUUAUAACAUAUUAUAUAAAUGUAAGAAGUU